UUUUUUUUUUGAUACAAAUCCCUAACCCCCGUCUUCAUCCCAACCCCCAGCAAAACCUCUUUUCCCAUUCCCCCAGCCGCCUUCAUCCUCUUGGGCUCCAUCAACAUGAGGGAUCUCCUCUCGGUCCAGGACCUUGACGACUCCUCCCCUCUCUCCGCUCCCGACCUCCGCCUCUGCAUUGACCAUCUCCAGAUCCGAUCGCUCCACAUCAAGGAUAAGGUGCACGACUACGUCUUCGCCCACCGCCAAGACUUCGCCGACAUCUUCUCCUGUUGCUCCCAGGCCGUCUCUGGCACUGAUGCCGCCGCUGCCACCCUCUCCGACGCCCUCUGUCUUCUCUCUGACCUCCCCCUCGACCGCGAGAUCCGAGAGAUCACCGAGGAGAUCUGGAGCAAGUGGCGGGAGUUGGAGGAGCGGCGGGAGGCGUUGUGCAUGGUGCAGACUAUAUCCCUGCUGUGGGAGAGGCUGCGGUCUUCGAGGGAGGAUCUCAGGGUCGGGAGGUUGGUGGAGGCUUCCGUAGCCGUGAGGGAUUUGAAGGCGGGUUUCUGAGAUGGAGGAGAUCGAGAAGAGAUUGCAGCAAUGGGAGCCGGUGGCACCAACAAUUCUUUCCUUGUUUUCUAUGAUCGUCUGAAGGAGGUGAAAAUUUUCUUGAGGUGAAGAAUUUGUAAAUAUGCUUCUCGUAAAAGAUCAAUAAAUGGGGCAUAUGCUUCUUGUAAAAAAUUAUCAAUAAU